AUGGAGGAGGCUGACCUGCUGAAGGAGAGGCUCCAGGCGAUCACGGACAAAAGAAGAAUCCGGGAGAACAUUGCCAUGAAAAGGAGACAAAUCGAAGAGGAGAAAUUAAAACUCCAAUACAUAAAGAAGAAAGCCCUGAGGGAGCAGUGGUUGAUGGAUGGUCUGAGUCAGCAGUCACAGGAGGAACAGGAGGCCAUGAAGCUUCAGGCUCAGGAUGAACAGCAGCAGAGUGAUCAACUGCAGAGCAACAUCUCCAGAAUAGAGAAGGAGAUUGAGGCCUUGGAAACGCAGGAGCUCAGCAUCUCUGCCAAUGAAGAAGUAGUUCUGAAGCGGUUAAAAGAGGUGGAGAGGACUGCUGAGGACAUUAUCAAGGAGUUAAAUGCAGACUUCUCGACAGAUUUGACACAUCAUGUCACCUCGCCCCUCCCAGAUCUAGCGUCAUUCAUCCCAUUGGCGGCAGCAAAAAACGCUCCUAUACGUGAGCCUGGCAGUGAAGAGCCAAAGAAAGCUACAUUUGCAAUGGAGAUUAGCGUGGAGCAUGAUAAGAGAACAGGCAAAAGUCAGGUGGUCUCCACAGCAACAACCACCCCUGAAACCAUCCAGGACAGGGCGCUGAAGGUAUACGAUGAUGGGCGCAAGUGUGUAUAUGCACUGCACCCAGAUGGAGACAAAAUGCUCAGUGGGCCAGUUGGAGAGAUGACGCUCACAGACGUAGAAGAGCUGCUGCAUCAGGCCACAGAUAAGAAUAUACCCACCGAGGUGAAGUAUCAUCAACCUGUCUAUUCUGUAGCCUACACAGGGGGGAGUAGGCCUUCAACACCAAAGACACCAAAUAAAACACAGCAGGAAACCCCAACACCCAACCCUAGCCCCUUCCAGGGCACAAUCUCAUCCAGAAAUGGAGCUCAAAUCUGCAGAGAGGAAAACCAGCGAAGUCAAGGCCUGGAGGGAUGUAACACCUCGAGCAAAACACCCAGCCCAAGCCUCAUCCAGCAAGGCUCUAUGUCAAGAGCACAAAGACCUGGAGAAGAAGCUAAGCUGCUCCACUCUUACAUUCCAGCACAAUCAAACAGUGACUGGCAUCACAUCUCACAGCCUCACUCCAAAACUCCACAAGGACUCACCAUCAGCAGAACAGAUGUGAACAGUCCAAACCCAGCAGCUCUUGUCUCAGUCAAAGCCAGGUCAGAAGGAAUGCCAGCACCUACACAGCCACUUUACAUGGCUGUGGAUAGCCGUAGUCCUUCACAAGCCAGCCACGAGUCCAAAGUUGAUCCUGAUGCCUUGAUAAAGAGUUCAGGUAAUUCUAACCAACACUUGCCUUUCUGUGCAGAGAAUAUCGCUUCUCUGAACCUUGGCAACACCCUGCCAGAGGGACUAAAAUCCGAACCUGUUACCAUGAUAUUCAUGGGCUAUGAGAACGCUGAGGACGAGGAGGAAGAAGACAUCCAGGCUGAGCUGGUGAUUAUAGGCAACAGUGAUGAUGAUGAUGACGAUGAUGAUGAGGCUCAAUAUCUUAAAAAUGAAAGUGAUGAGGAGCACUGUCUGUCGUACCACCCUGAGGGAUACAAAAGUAAGGUCUUCCAACCCAAAGUGGGUAUUGCCAAGGUUACAGGCUGCAGAGACAUUAUUGAAGACACCUACACCAAAUGGGAUGAUUUAGGGCUCCACAAACCAACUUUCAUCCACAAGCCUGGAAAGCACAGUCCCUACCUGCAGGGACAGGGGCUGGAUGAGUCUGCAAACAAAGGCAGCAUUAAUAUGGAGAAAAUGAAGCUCUGUUCCACUGGAAGAUAAGACUCAUCUGUUAAUGAGAAACUGGGUCACUGAAGAAGGAAUGUACAGUGAAUCGUUAGGUGAUUUUGUCUUUCUGUUUUCAUUUCCUUCUAGCCCAUCACCAUGUAUUUUAAUGGUCUAUAGGUUUGAACAUAUUGUGUGUGUAAAUGCAUAACCAGAGUCAAUUAAUGCAAAAAGCUUUAUCUUGACAUGUGAAUGCUUUGUCUUGAUUGAGGGAAACAUCUGACAGACACAGACAUUGUGUCAAUCAGUCCUUGUGCUUGGGUGAUUCUUAAAGCUUUAUUGCCACCUCCUGGCAUUGUAGGUUAAUUACACAGUCACAUUAACAUGGGCACAGAGAUCAUCAAAUCCUGACCAGUGCAAUUUUAAUGUUUUUGAUAGCACUGUUAUCAUGUCGUUAUAUACUUUAUAAAUGGUCUAGAAUUUGUACAAAAUGCAUUAAUGUUAAAUAAAGCCUAUAUUGAUGCUUUAUAAGUUACUACAAAGCCAUUUUGAACACCUGCCAGAGAUAAAGUCUCUUUUUGCUGCCAUGUUAUAUGGCUCCAGUAAAAAUUGUCUUGUCCCUUUACUCAAUCAGGAAGACCCUUUGAAAGGACAGCUAGAGCACUUACAUAAAUGGACAAUUGUGGUAGAGAAAGCCUUUGCUAAUGCCUUACUAACAUACUUAACUGCAGGCCUGAUGUCAAAGUGACUGCAAACCUAAUAGUUAAAUUCACAAUCAUUGAUGACUCACUUUCUAAGUAGCAUUAAGUCGGAAAGUGUAAAGUUUAAUAGAUUCUUCUUAAAUUGACUUUGGUGUGACUGCAGUAC